AUGACUGAAAUAAUACAUCAGGGCAAGAAAACUAUUGGAUAUGGUCAUAACUGCGAAGCUAAUAAUGACGGCGAUAAAAUUAAUGCUCCUAUUUCCAUUGCUCAAGCUGAAGAUUUACUUAGAAGGGAUUUAUCUAUGUACGAAAAUUACGUUAAUAGUCAAGUUCCAGGACUUAAUUCAAAUCAAUUUUCCGCUUUGGUUUCCUUCACAUUCAACGUUGGCUGUGGCAAUCUUGGGUCAUCUACGUUGCUCAAAAAGCUAAAAGCAGGUGAUACUCAAGGUGCUGCAAAUGAGUUUGGCAGGUGGGUAUAUGCUAAUAAAAAAAAAUUGCCUGGCUUGAUAAGACGUCGCGAAGCAGAGAAACGGCUAUUUUUGAAAUGA